CGCUCCAGCGAAGCGCGGCGGAGUCUGCGCACCGGAUAGGCGGAGCGGUCGGUUGGUCCCCGCGGCGGAGCCAAUCCGGCCCCGUCCUGCGCUCUGCUGAGCGGUGCUGUUACUCGCUGCCACUUCCCGUCCUGUUGUUUUUAGCGUGGCUAUCGUGUUCGAGUAGCUGCGCUAACUGCCAGAGGAAAGCCGACUCGCCGCAGACUCCGAAGGCGUUUGGCAGCUUGUCCGACUGAGCUUCCCGGACGGCCGAGGCUCCUCCGUGUUCAGAGGGUUUCUAGCUAAUUAUUACCUUAACCUGCCCAGAGGCAGAGAGCUAGUGAGCUAAUUAUCGCGUUAGCGCGCCUAGCAGGCUCGCUGCCCAACAAGCCAAGCGGUGAAGAUCGGAUAUGUGUAUGCGGUAGAUAUAUGCGGUAGAUAUAUGCGGUGUACUGUCGAGAAAAGGGCGGUUUGAGUGCCUCUAACAUGUUUAAACACUAAGUACUUGUUCUGCUGAGCGACGACGCAGAAGCUGAGGUGACGUUAGCCAGUUAGCUAGUUAGUCUGGUGCUUUGGGUUUCACGGACGACAGAAGUAGCUGCUGCGUUAGUUAGCUGGCUAGCUAGGUUAGCUUAUCAGUGGAUUCCAGCUGUUAAAUUUAUAUUGCAGUUAAAUCGUAAAACAUGGGUUCAGUCCUUGGGCGAAGGAUCGCUGGGGUGGAGGAUAUCGACAUUCAGGCAAAUUCAGCGUACAGAUUUCCACCCAAAUCUGGCAAUUAUUUUGCUAGUCACUUCUUCAUGGGAGGGGAGAAGUUUGACACACCCCACCCUGAAGGUUACCUGUUUGGGGAGAAUAUGGACCUAAAUUUUCUAGGCAACCGUCCAGUGCAGUUUCCGUAUGUAACCCCGGCACCACAUGAGCCAGUGAAGACUCUGAGAAGUCUUGUCAACAUCAGGAAGGACUCAUUACGACUCGUCAGGUACAAAGAUGAUGGAGACACCCCCACUGACGAAGGGGCAAAGCCUAAGGUUUUAUAUGGAGUGGAAUUCACCUUUGAUUCAGAUGCUCGAGUGGCCAUCACUAUCUACUGCCAGGCCUUUGAAGAAUUUUCCAAUGGAAUGGCAGUUUAUAAUCCCAAGGGUCCUUCAAUGGUGUCUGAAACGGUGCACUAUAAGCGAGGGGUGAGCCAGCAGUUUACCUUACCCUCCUUCAAGAUCGAUUUUUCUGAAUGGAAGGAGGAAGACCUGAAUUUUGACUUGGACAGAGGCGUUUUCCCCAUGGUCAUCCAGGCUGUUGUGGAUGAAGGAGAUGAUUGCUUGGGACAUGCACAUGUGUUGUUGGCUGCCUUUGAGCGGCAUGUCGAUGGAAGUUUCUCUGUGAAGCCCUUAAAGCAGAAGCAAAUUGUGGAUCGUGUUAGUUACCUUCUGCAGGAGAUUUAUGGCAUUGAAAACAAGAACAACCGUGAGACUAAGCCGUCUGAUGAUGAGAACAGUGACAACAGUAACGAGUGUGUAGUGUGUCUGUCAGACCUUCGCGACACACUCAUUCUGCCUUGCAGACACCUGUGCUUGUGUAACUCGUGUGCUGACACACUGCGCUACCAGGCCAACAACUGCCCCAUCUGCAGACUGCCAUUUCGAGCCCUGCUACAGAUUAGAGCGGUGAGGAAGAAGCCUGGUGCACUCUCUCCUGUCUCCUUCAGCCCUGUGCUGGCUCAGAGCAUGGACCACGAUGAGCACUCUAGCUCCGAUUCAGUGCCCCCUGGCUUUGAGCCCAUCUCCCUGUUGGAAGCUCUGAACGGGCUCACUGCUGUGUCUCCUGUGGUCCCAUCAGCCCCUCUUUAUGACGAGAUCAACUUUUCGGGCAGUCUGAGCGGGGAGAGUCGACAGCUCAGUUCUCCCGAGCACUCUGGAGACAGCAGCUUGCAGAAGGGCAAAGUCAGCAAGUCACCUGACAGCACCCUGCGGUCGCCCUCAUCACCCAUCCAGGAGGAGGACGAGGAGAAGUUGUCGGAGAUGUCUGAUGCACAAGCGCAUACACUGCUCUCUAGCAGCCCAGCUCCUACCGAGGGUACUGCUGGAGAGGAUGUUGCUGACUCUCUGUCUCCUGAAGAUGAGGAUAGGCUGAACUCUGAGGGUGAGAUUGUGCCUGACUGUAGCAGUGAGCAUAGCAGCCUAACCAAAACUGAGAGUGACCCACCUGCUCUAGGUCCCGACUCCUGCUCUAUCGGUAUGGAAGAGUAACUCUGGUUUAUCGGGCUCAAUGGAGAGUCUGAUCACGCAGAGCACAAGCUGCUCCAGCCAGCCUCUCCUGGGUCCCACAAGCAGUUUGCACAUGGAAGAUGAAUAACCGGACCAUAGACCCUCACGUUUCCCUUCAUCUGUCAGAGGCUUCUUUUACUGGACUUAGCCACACCACCCUUAAGCGGCCCUUUUGUAGUCCACCUCCUACCUGAGGUGCAGUGGCUGUAAAGGUGAAUGACUGAACACAGUUUUCAUUUCAUUGUACCCUCUGGGGACUAUUAAUAUUGUGUAUAUAAAUUAGAAAUGCUGUAGUUAAAAAAACGAUUUAUAAUUUCACUAAAUUAUGGGAAAAUGUGAAGUUGUGUUGGGUGGGUGGGUGUGUGUACGUUUCUGUGGCCUCUUCUUACUUUGAUGGGUUUGAGGCAGGAGUGGAGAAGUUAAUGGAUUUUAACUACAGAUGCAAAACUAACCAGCUGUGGUUAAAGCUUCAAGCACAUCUUAUCAAUUAGAAAAAACAAAAAAAAACAACUCAUUUUAAUAGAUUCUUGAUGAAGGUGAAGAAAUGCGUUGAUAGUAACAUAGAGCUAAUGUGCGAUUAAACCAAUUUGUGUAUAUUAUAGAUCUGUAACUUUGUGAGUUUGACAUGAAGUACUGUUUUAUAGCAAGUGCUUAGAUGUCUUGAACUUUAUUCUUUUUUUUUUUCUUUUUCUUUUUUUUUUUUGCAUUUAAUUUGAUUGAGAAACAAGAAGAGUCACAAAUCUAUCUCUUCUUCGAGAACUGGACCUCAUUUUAGCUGUGUGUUUGUACCACACCAGCUGUUACUUUAUCAGUUUUAUGACCAAAUCUAAUGCUUUAAGUCUAUUUGCACCUCGUGUACAUGUUCUGUAAAACGAGCUUAUCGCACUACAUUAUGUUAACUAUAUAUAGUCAUUCCUUACUAUAGCCUGUCUUUUAUCAUUUUUAAAUGAGAAAUUCCGUUACUCUGGUACAAAGUUGAGUUGUAUUAAGCAUGGUCCUAUGAUAUGUUGAGUCCUGCAUACAUCUAUAUCUCUGCCUUUACUAUUGCUAGUGAAAGAGCAGCUCGGUGCAUCCGUCCACUGACUUGUGUACUCUGAAUCUGCAUCAAUUUAAUCUCCAAUCAUCCAACCCAAAGCACCAUGACUUGCUGUGUUGUAAAUGUAGCAUUAUGCAUAGAGGUAUAUGUGCCUUUAAACAAGAAAUGUUGCUACUUAAUUGUGCUUUGAGCUGUUCUAUUCGUGUGACUGGAGAACGUUCAGAGGUUUGAGAUUUUGUAUUUUUUCAGCUUGCUGCAUAAGACCACGCAUUGAAAUAAGCUCCAAUGGUAGUAUUAUCAUUUGUAUAGAAGUUCACAGAGAGUGUUUGUAGAACGAUUUACCAUUAAAAUAUACUUAUUUGAUUAUUUAACAUGCCACUAUAUUGGAUAACAAUACUAGUAUUUCUGUUGGAUUUCUUCUGUGUUUAAUUUUGUGUGGGUUAAAAACUAUAUAGUGCAACACGUCUGUGAGAUCGAGUGAACGGUCUACAGAUGAUACUCCUAGAGGGUUGCUCUGUUAGCGUGUUUGAAAGCAUAUGCAAUAUCGACUGGUGGCUUCAUAUUAAUCAUCAGGCUAAGAUCUGCAUGAUAUAUAGGUAAAGAUGAUCUACUUAACAUGUCUCUCGGCUCCUGGAAGACGCUUACUUAUUUAUCUCCCUCAGAUAAUGUGCCAUUUCAACUUAAUGAUCCACUGUGCCUUCUUGUUCCUGUUCGUAAUAUUAUUGGCCUGGUAUCCAGGAUGUUAACAUUGGGUCAGCCAUGGUUCUCAAGUAAGAUCAGUAUAUGUUUUGUCCGAGUGUUCAGUGUACAGCUGCAUGUCAAAACCAAUAAAUUCUUCAAUAAUUUA